GUUCUUCCCCUUUUCUAUUACAAACCCUAGAUUAUAGUUUUGAUAGGAUUAACUUCCUAUCAAUUGGUGCUUUCAUCCAUGUACUCAAAUCCUCCUAUGGAUUAUGCUUAUCAUACACCUUCAUCUCAUCAAUGGAGCAUUCCUCCAACCUAUUCCACACCCACACCAACACCUUCAUUUCCAUCAUUCCCAUGGGAACUCUUCACACCUUACUACAUUCAUGAAUCUUCAUCACCAAAAUUGUAUCUAAAUCAUGGAUAUUCACCUCAUACACCUACCUCAUAUCCACCACCACCUAACUCAUAUUCAUCAUCUCAUUAUUCAUUCUACUACAAUAAUCAUCAUCAACCACUGCAACCAACAAAAACCUAUCACACAUUUAAAAAGGAUUUUGAUAAGCAUUUGGAAGUGUCUCAUCCCUCUUUUAAGAAAAAUUCAAAAAAAAAUUCAAAAACCAUUCUCACAAAAUCCAAAUCAUCCAACAUCACACUCAAAACGAUUUCAACCUUUUCAUUUCUCAAACAGAAACCCAAACUUCUAGAAUUCACACCCACACCAACACCUUCAUCCCUUCUUCCAAAUUCUGUUUUCGUUAACCCACUAUACAACGAGAAUUGGCGAAAUCCUCUCCCAAAACCCCAAUCCCCAUCCUCAAACGCAGUGGUUUAUCCCUACACGCACCGUCUCUCUCAAAUUCACCUUCAACCUAAAUCCAAACAAAUCGGAUCUCAAACAAUCGCUUCUCAUUUCAAUAGAGAAGCUAAAAGGUUUCACAGUUUCGGAGCAACGAAGGAAUCUCUAAGCAAAGUGUCGACGGAGGUAUUCCAAAUCGGCACUGAUGUUCACCUAUACGACAAUCCCGAAGACGUCAACAUCGUCCCUCUUCGCGACAGCAGGUUUGAUUUCGAGACUACACAUACUGAGAACUCUCUCCUUGUACUAGAUGAUGAAGAGAAUUUUAAAAACAACAAAGCCACUUACCUCGCCGUAAUCAACGAUGCCGAUGACGUCUCUGACGAAGCUUCGUCUAUUGAAUCCGCUCAAGACGAUUUGUUAGGUGAAAACGACAAAGCAAAAUUUUGUUUAUAUAUGAGAAAAAUUGAGAGAGUUGUUUCAAAAACAUUUUCAGAACCCGAUUGUUGCUUGGAGUCAUCAGGAACUGAUAAAAAGAACGACUCAGUCUCAGUCCCUUGCCGUCAAAUUGGUGUUACUGGCCGGAGAAAUUAUUUUAGUCCACACUGGUCUGUUGAGGCUGUUGAGAAGGAAUUGGAUAGGGAUGAUGUUCUCGAAGCUGUCUUUCAUGUGAAUGCUCAUAAUAGACUUGAGAUGCUUGAAAUUAAGGAUUUAAUCAUCACUGGAAUUAUAUUGCCACUAGAAGGAAAUGCUGACAAGAAAAAAGAGAAAGGUGUUAGAUGUCAAGGUUUUGGUCGAAUUGAAUCAUGGGAUAUAUCUGGAUAUAUGAUAGCAAGAGAAAAAUAUGGAGUAUUUGUUGCAGCUGAUGAGAGUAACACUGUUAAAGAUAGAAAUGAAUUGGUGGAAAUUCACAUACCAAUUUACUUAAGCUCCAUUAGCAAGGGUGUGGCAACUGUUAUGGUAUCUUACUCAAGUUGGAAUGGAGUAGUUCUCGAACAGAAAUAUGAACUUGUCAAGAGGCUGCAAAACAUGAAGCAUAUAUGCGGAAUGAUAGGAGAUGGCGUAAACGAUGCUCCUGUGUUAAAGAAAGCUGAUAUCAGAAUUGUUGCUAGAAGUGCUUCUGAUAUUGUCCUUAUGGAGCAUGGUUUUAGUGUCAUUAUCAAUGUUGUCCUCACCAACAGGGCCAUUUUCCAGAGAAUGAAGAAUUAUACUAUUUAUGUUGUGUCAAUCACCAUUCGCUUCGUGUUCGGUUUCAUGCUCAGUGCUUUGAUUUGGAGAUUUGAUUUUGCACUUUUCAUGGUUUUGAUCAUUGCAAUACUGAAGGAUGGUACCAUUAUGGCAAUUUCAAAAGAUCGAGUGAAAGCAUCCCCACUGCCUGACAGUUGGAAACUAAAGGAAAUAUUGGCAAGUCGAAUUUUGUUUCUAGUAUCUGAGAGCAUCUCAUGGAAACAUCAUAGAGUUAAUCUCCAUAAUUUUUUGAUGUCAUUUUCCCCUGAUGCUUGUUUGCCUCUACUCAUCCUAUGCAGUAGCGGCUCAUACGAUGAAAGGGCUACCCGUUUAAGAGAAGGACUGCAAUGGCUGGCAGGUGAAUCACUUUCGCAACCCAACUUUCACAUUAAGCUGCCUGCUCCUGCAGCUUCUGAGUGUAAGAAUGUUUUGAAAAGUAUAAUACAAGGGCAGCACUUGCAAGGUAAUGAUAACAUCCUACUUAAGUUGGCUGGAAAAUAUGAUGGUUAUGAUGGCUAUGAUCUAGCAAUACUAGUUGACAGAACUGUCCAUGUUGUUGUUCUCCGUUUUCGGUCAUCUAAUUCCAUUUAUGAACACGAGGGUCCUGCUUUACAACUGGAGAAUUUCUAUCAGACAAUGCAUGAUUUUCUUCCGGUUUCAAUUGGUGACAUCAAAAUGCUUGAAGUUGAAGGAGCUUAUUAUGAAAUCAAUGUGGUCUUGCUCCUGUGUAUAAACAUUAAAAAAAUUGUUCUGUUAGAAAAAGAAUUCCAGUUGGUUACACAAACUAAAAUGGAAGUCCACGAUACUCAACAAGGAAGAGAAUAUCAUUGCAGUUCUGUGACAUAAAAUCAAUUUUGAUUCUGCUCUUGUUUGGAAACAACACACAUGCUUUCAAAGUGCCGUAAGCCAAAAUUCAAGUUAAUGAGUCAAGGGAAGCUAUUUUGGUCAUUAAUUUAGUGAUUUAUCUCAAUUACAACCUUGAGGACAAGGUUGUUUUGAAGGGGUAAGUAAUGAUAGAAGGUUAUAAUAGUUAUUAUUAUUGUUAUUGGAUUCUAGUUGUAUUUUGGCCUUUAAUAGUU